UCAUGGUUCGGCUGUUUUCUGCUGAUACAGUUUUUAGCUACACAAUGCAGUCAUCAGUUUGAUUAUCUUUCUAACUACUUGUACUAGUUGGACAAUGGAGCUGUUUGCUUUGGGCAGCCGGCGGGAGGGUUACCCCUACCCAGACGAGGAGGUGACAACAUACAGUGCCGAGCCUUGUCCAUCGUCAUACGAGGAGUCGCAGACAGCAUGGACGCAGUUCAAACCUGUCCUGUCACAGAUGGAUAAGAUGAUGGAAGCCCGAUUUCGGCAUCGUUCUAAAAAUAGCAUCUCGGCAAAUUUGCAAGGAAAAGUUUAUAACUUCCUGGAACGUCCCACUGGCUGGAAAUGUUUCAUCUAUCACUUCACAGUAUUCAUGAUGGUGCUCAUCUGUCUCAUCUUCAGUGUCUUAUCCACCAUUGACCAAUACACCAAUUUUGCCAACGAAACAUUGUUUUAUAUGGAAAUUGUUUUAGUUGUGUUCUUCGGCCUUGAGUACGUUAUCCGCUUGUGGGCUGCGGGAUGUCGGAGCAAAUACAUGGGUCUCCGUGGACGGUUCCGAUUUGCAAGGAAACCAAUUUCCAUCAUAGAUUUUCUAGUUGUAGUAGCAUCUAUAGUGGUGUUAUCUGUCGGGUCUAAUGGACAAGUGUUUGCAACCUCAGCAAUAAGAGGAGUGAGAUUUUUGCAGAUUCUCCGCAUGCUUCAUGUCGACAGACAGGGUGGGACAUGGAGGCUGCUUGGCUCCGUUGUGUACAUUCACAGACAGGAAUUAAUUACGACUCUGUAUAUAGGCUUUUUGGGUCUCAUCUUCUCUUCCUACUUUGUUUACCUGGCGGAGAAGGAUGUGGACGAGGACGGGGCCACAGAUUUCACAAGCUAUGCAGAUGCCCUCUGGUGGGGUGUAAUAACUGUAACAACUAUUGGUUAUGGUGAUACAGUACCAAGAACAUGGAUGGGACGAAUUGUUGCUUCCUGUUUUUCUGUGUUCGCAAUAUCAUUUUUUGCCUUACCUGCAGGUAUCCUUGGUUCUGGAUUUGCCUUAAAGGUUCAGCAAAAGCAAAGACAAAAACAUUUCAACAGACAAAUACCUACAGCAGCUUCCUUGAUACAAUGUAUGUGGAGGUGCCAUGCAGCAGACUCAUCUUUCAAUUCUGUAGCCACAUGGAAGAUCCACAUGUCUGACAAGGGAUACCACGACCGUGCAAAGAUCCCCAACAGCAAUUCUAAUUCAUCAGCUUCAGCCUUUACCCGGAUGGCACGCAGAGCCAGUCUUCUCAAGAAAAGAAGGAUUAUUAGAUCUCGCAACAGCAUGCUGGAGAGACAGGAAAGUUUAUCAUCAUUGUCUGGAUACAUUGAUGCUGUCAAACCAGGUACACCAACAAUGUCUGUAGGUUCCAUUGGCAAGGAAUCCUACGAUUUACCAGAGAUGUCACAAGACGAUGGUGAUUUUUUUGAUCCAGAUUAUAUUUAUAAACCAGAGCAACUCACAGAAGCUCACAAAGUGAUGAUUAGGGUUAUCAGAAAAAUUAAAUUUUUUGCUGCAAGAAGAAAAUUUCAGCAAGCUCGUAAACCUUAUGAUGUGCGAGAUGUUAUAGAACAAUACUCUCAGGGACACUUAAACAUGAUGGUUAGAAUAAAGGAACUUCAAAGAAGGUUAGAUCAAACAAUAGGUAAACCGCUGUAUUAUGGGACAGCAAAAGACAAGGAGAAAAUGACCCUUUACUCACGAAUAAUGCGGGUAGAAUCUCAGUUGAAUCAACUGGAUUCAAAAAUGGACAGUAUGUUGGACCUUAUGAAAAUGCUUGUCAGAUCACAACUAAAAGAAGAGAAUAAGGACAGUGCAAGAGAGGAUAACUCUUAGCAAAUUCUACUCACAUAUCAUGUUGUAAUGUUGAAGAUUUGCUGACUGAGAAAUCUUUUACAUGAUAUACCCGUGUCAAUCUGUGAUAUAGAUACACUGAGACAAUUGUAUUGCAUACAAAACUUAAGAAAGUCGACAUAUGCAAACAAAACGUUCCAAGAUAUGAUCUCAAUGUACCUUGGAUGAAGAAAGAAGAGAUAUAUAAUACACCAUGGUCUAAUAUAUAUAUAUAUAUAUAUAUAUACAUAUGUGUGUUUAAUAUUUUAGUCUAAGUAUGGUUGUAUGGAUACAAACAGAUCUCACUACAUGUAUGUGACUGUCAUUCUGGCCAGUAAGUGGAAUGUGCAUUGUCAACAGAUACCAGGAAUACACUGUUCAUGUUUUCACUGUCCAAGGAUUCUUAAUCAGCUUCAAGUUUACUGUGAUUACAUGUUUACAACAAGAAUCAACAUGCAGGACUUCAGUGGCACUGUACAGUUUUGAACAUUAGCAUUGUAGAAAUGAGAAAACUUCAGUAAAGUUAUAGGGAUCAGACGACUUCAGUGACAUUAUAGAGAUCAUAAACUUUGGUGUCACUGCAGAAAAAGAAAGAGCAUAUAGAAAACAAUAUAUGUUUGAAAUCUUAUUUCGUAGAUUUUUUAAAAUGUACUUUGCAAAUGACAAUGAGUAUUACAGUGGUGAACUAAUGUUCCAAGUCAGAAUGCAAGAGAUAUCCCAACUUAGAUAUUUAUUUUUUUAAAUCAAUGACAUUUUAUUAAAUAUAUGUAUUUUAAAACUAUGUGUUUAUUGCAAUUUUAAAAAAGCAUUUAUACAUUUCUUUUACCACAGUGUAUGCCGGUAUAUAGAUGUCAGUUUUGAUAAUGUAUAAUACUAUUAAAUUUGUUUAAAAAAAAGCAUAUUUUAAACAUUUUUUUAUUGUAUUAACAGGACAUUUUAGUUAAUUUUUAACUGAUAAUGACCUAUAUCAUAACUUAUGUGUUUAAUUUCAUAAUAGCACAAAUAUAAUGACACAUUUUAUGGGAUCAAUUGAGUGCAUGGUUACUAGCAUUUCUGAUUUGUGAUGUCUUAAAAUAUUAGUUAGAAAUAUUAUUCAAAAUAAUACUUUACUUGCAUUCAACAUUUAUGACAAAAAAGGGUAAUAAUUAACAAAUAGAAUCCAAGAUACAAACAUUUAUUGCAUAUCAAUUAGAGACCUGUCUUUUCCACCACAUUUAAUGAAACACAUGCUUUAUUGUUUAUCACAUUUAUGGGACAUACAUAUUAUGGUAAAUGCCAUGAAUGCAUACAAUAAAAGUAUUUUUAUCUACUCUUAAGUGGCCUAAUUCACAGAACUCGGUGGCGCAGUGGUUAAGCCAUCAGACUACAGGCUGGUAGGUACAGGGUUCACAGCCCGGUACCGGCUCCAACCCAGAGCGAGUUCUUAAGGGCUCAAAGGGUAGG